UCCAUAUCCUUUAAUCCACCACACCAAAUCAUAAAUCUUCCCUCCGUCAAUCCCAAUACGGUGCCGUGCUCUAGGAGCACCCAAUAACGAUUCCAUCCCUUUCGUGUAGUCUAAAAACAAAGAAACAAAAUAAAAAAAUCGACAAACAAAAAAAGUUUGGAGUGCAUAUACAGAAGAAAGGAGAUUUGAGAUCUUGGCUUUGCUUCGAUUCUCCAUUUCGAACAUCUCGUUCUCUCUCUAAGGGUUUGCUUUUUUCUAUCUCUCUCCGCCGCGACGCGAAAGUACUGCUACUGUGUAAUUGGUAUCACUCGGAAUUCUUCUCCAGAUUUACGAGUUGUUACCAGCUUCAAAUCUGAUGUUUAUUGGAUCUUUGGGGAAAUUAAAGGAUGACGUUUGAAUGCAUUUUGUUUUUGGUUUCUUCUUCAAAGAAAGGAUAAAAUGGUUGCAGUUAUAGUUUUUUUCUGAAGUUUGUUGGACCCGAAGUGACUCUAUUAUUGAAUGAAGAAUAAUAGUUCAUCUUUGUCUUUUGCGAUAAUGUUCAAAUGAUGGGAGCAUGGUGGAGAGUUUUUAUGUAGGUUCCUAUAAAGAUUUGCGUUACAAUUAUUGUUUUAUCAAUCGGCUGUUGGUUGGUUCCUUGUCUGCAUGCAGAAUAUAAAUUUUUUUUUUUAAAGGAUGAAUGACUACAGAGAACCUGAGAUUCUGUUUCCGAGUUGGAUCAACAAGAAUCCAUCUGAGAUAUCAGAGUAUCAUCUCUUCAUCAUCUCUUGCUUUCUUGCUGGCUUAGUUGGGAUCCUGACUAUAGCCUACACUGCCUUCCAAUGGAGAAGAAACAUCAACUUGAGUUGGAUGAAAGCGAUAGCCAGGUCGAAGAAAAACCCUAAGGCAAAGAACAAGGUUCCUGUUGCUCCUCAUGCAUGGAUGUUGGAAUCUGUGUCUCGAGGAAAGUGUUUAAACUGUUGUGUAUGCUUAAAGUCAGUGUCUCCUUCUCAAGCUCUCGGACCAAUGGUCUCAGAAACUUUUAUACACUGCUGUAGCAUAUGCGGUGUGGCAGCGCACCUGGGAUGCUCCUCGAAUGCACACAAGGAUUGCAAGUGUAUGUCUAUGGUUGGUUAUGAGCAUGUGAUACACCAAUGGUCUGUUCGGUGGACUGAGGUCACGGAUCAAACUGAUGAAACUUCUUUUUGUAGCUAUUGUGAAGAACCGUGCAGUGGGUCCUUCCUUGGGGGAUCUCCUAUAUGGUGUUGCCUGUGGUGUCAACGGCUGGUACAUGUUGACUGCCACAAUAGUACAUCAAACGAAACAGGUGAUAUUUGUGAUUUUGGCCCAUUUAGAAGGCUAAUUUUAUCUCCACUUUUUGUUAAGGAGCUGAACUGGUCUUCUUCGGGUGGGUUUUUGAGUUCCAUCACCCAAGGAGCUAAUGAGAUUGCAUCUUCUGUGCGUGCUACUAUUAGGAGUCAAAGCAGCAAGAAGCACAAGCAGGGAAAUGACGCCUCUGCAGACACGGGUGAUAGUAGUAGUAUUGGUGACACAUCCACAGAAAGUACUGCUGAUACUCAUCAAACAGCUAAUGGUUCUCGCAGAAUGGAGGAAAGUAGCAAUGGAAGCAUAAUUGGUGUGGCAGAUCAGAAUCAAAAUGGUGAUGCUGUUAAAAAAUUGGAUUCUAAGCCUAGUUUUAAAAGAAGUUCAUCAAUCAAUCAAAAGGACGAGUCUCAGAUUGUAGGGUUAAAACAGAGAUAUGAGUUGAUUGAUUUGCCAUCAGAUGCAAGACCAUUAUUAGUUUUCACUAACAAGAAGAGUGGGGCUCAGCGAGGCAAUUCACUCAGGCAACGUUUAAACAUGCUCUUGAAUCCGGUUCAGGUUUUCGAGUUGAGUUCAACACAAGGACCGGAGGUGGGUCUCUAUUUGUUUAGGCGGGUGGCCCACUUUAGAAUUCUUGUAUGUGGAGGAGAUGGUACUGUUGGCUGGGUUCUGAAUGCCAUAGACAAGCAAAAUUUUGUUUCUCCUCCUCCAGUUGCGAUUCUUCCUGCAGGAACAGGAAAUGACUUGGCCCGAGUCUUGUCAUGGGGAGGUGGUUUGGGUGCAGUGGAGCGACAAGGGGGACUUUGCACAGUGCUGCACCACAUAGAACAUGCUGCAGUAACCAUUCUUGAUCGAUGGAAGAUUACAAUUUUAAACCAGCAGGGAAAGCAACUUCAACCCCCAAAAUUUAUGAACAACUAUCUAGGGAUUGGGUGUGAUGCAAAGGUUGCUUUGGAGAUCCAUAAUCUAAGGGAGGAGAACCCAGAAAAGUUCUAUAACCAGUUUAUGAAUAAAGUUCUUUACGCAAGAGAAGGCGCUAGGAGUAUAAUGGACAGGACAUUUGAAGAUUUUCCUUGGCAAAUUAGAGUGGAGGUAGACGGGGUUGAGAUAGAAGUCCCUGAGGAUGCAGAAGGUGUUCUUGUUGUUAAUAUCGGAAGCUAUAUGGGUGGUGUAGAUUUGUGGCAGAAUGACGAUGAAACUUCUGAUAAUUUUGAUCCACAGUCUAUGCAUGAUAAGGUACUAGAGGUUGUGAGCAUAUCAGGGACAUGGCAUCUUGGAAAGCUUCAGGUGGGCCUCUCUCGUGCUCGAAGGCUUGCCCAAGGGCAGUCAAUUAAGAUUCAGCUUUGUGCUGCUUUGCCUGUUCAAAUAGAUGGAGAGCCUUGGGUUCAGCAAUCAUGUACAUUGGCCAUCUCUCAUCAUGGCCAGGCAUUCAUGUUGAAGAGAGCAGCAGAGGAACCCCUUGGUCAUGCAGCGGCCAUUAUCGCCGACGUGCUCGAGAAUGCUGAAACAAAUCGUUUGAUUAACGCAUCACAGAAACGAGCUCUUCUUCAAGAAAUGGCUUUGAAGCUGUCAUAAAGUCGUGCCUACCCAUCAUUGCCACUGGUAAAAUAGUGUUUGGGUUUGAACUGCAGCUGCUUUUUGGAGAGUUUUUGCUCCUCCUCUCUUACUUACAUCUCCAUUGAUUUCUCUAUUUCAUCUGUAAUAUCUUGUGAAAUUUUACUUAUUGCUGCUAUAGCUCAAGCUUGUUGUACAUGGACCUUGAUUAAUAGCAAAAUCAAGAGGGUAUUUUUGAGGCAGCUUCUUAUAAGAUGUAUAUAUAUGUAUAUAUUGGAUGAAUUUGGUGUGCCUUUUCUGAGGAAUGGAAAGAAUUUUUCCAUCUAUCUAUACUAUUAUAAAGCAAACAGUCACGGUGGUGUAUACAAAGCCGGCUCACGCUGUAACUGUUUGAAGCAA